UCACGCCAAGCAUAUGCUUCCUAAUAUUCUAGCAAACCUCUCCUCAUUAAAACCCAUCUCUUCUCACACUCAUUUUUCCCACAUCUCCUCCAUCAUCACAUGCACCAACCCAUUUUUGCAUCACUUGAUCUUCUUCUUUCAACAUAUAUAUAUAUAUAUAUAAAUAUAUAUAUCAUAUUUUCUUUACGUUAUGAAGUUUGGUAAGAGACUCAAGCAACAGAUUCAGGAGACACUUCCGGAGUGGAAGGACAUGUACUUGUCGUACAAGGAAUUGAAGAAGCUCGUGCGGCUGAUAUCGGCUGCACCCACCUUGCUGAACGGGUCGUUGGAGUAUGGUAAGGCGGAGGCGGAGUUCAUGUACUUGUUGAACAAUGAGAUUGACAAGUUCAAUGGUUUCUUCAUGGAGAAAGAGGAGGAUUUCAUUAUCCGGCAUAAGGAAGUGCAACAGAGGAUCCAGAUAAUACUUGAUUUGUGGGGACCAAAUGGCAGUCAACCUUCAGAAGCAGAUUAUAAGGAGGAGAUGGCAAAAAUCAGAAAAGCUAUUGUUGAUUUCCAUGGUGAAAUGGUUCUCUUAGUAAACUACAGCACCAUUAAUUAUACAGGAUUGGCUAAAAUUCUAAAGAAAUAUGACAAAAGAACAGGAUGUCUCUUGCGUUUGCCAUUCAUUCAGAAAGUGUUGGAGCAGCCAUUUUUCACAACUGAACUAAUUUCAAAACUUGUGAGGGAAUGUGAGAGCAUAAUUGAUACUGUGUUCCCAGCUGAGGAAGAAGCUGAAAGAGUGAAAGAAGCGACCGAAGCCAUAGUAGUCGCCGGAGAAGGGAUUUUCAGAAACACGGUUGCGGCUUUACUUACAAUGCACCAGAUCAGAAACGGUAGCUCCACAGAGAGUCCAUUUUCUCUGCCUCCUCUCAGCAUGCCAGACUCUGAUCUCAUUCAGUCAAUACAGCUCAAUUUUGCAGUGCCCACCAUCUAGUAAAAUUGAGGAUGAUGAUCAUGUCUAGAUGAAUUAGCCUGUUUGAAUUAGCUUACUUUUUCCAGAAUCAAUUUUAGCAUCCAAAGACUACGUACGAAAACUUCUAUGCAGAAAUUUUGAUUUUAGAAUCAAUUGUAGAAGAAUUUUCAAAUAUGUUAUUUAUAGUUCUAAUAGUCUGAUCAUAGAAUAGAUAAUUGUAAUGGGAUGAAAUACAUUUUGGUGGAAGAUACAUACUAAGAUAAUCCUUUUGGUGAAGAAACACCUCAAGUUGCUUGAGAUGAGUAGCCAUAGUCUUUUUAUGAACAAAUAUUUAGUCAUUAGUUGUUAAGAUAGUUCCAUUGUAUUUGAGUGGGUUAUGGUCCGUAUGUUGGACUUUCUGUUUAUUACAAAGGCAAUAAAAAUCGAUAUUCAACUGUCA